CAUUUAGCGAGACAAUAUGUGUAUGUAAUAUAUAUAUACAUCGGAUGUACUCAGUCCGACUCUGAUAAUUGACGACAGCACAUGCAAAUUAGCGCAAUCUUUAAGAGAACCAAUAGAAUGGCUGCUGUAUCUGAAGAUUUUGCCAAGAAGUGUGAAGUGAAGGAGAAUGAGACAAUGGGCAGAUAUGUGAUUGCCUCGACCAAUAUAAGAGAGGGUGAAACGGUGCUGUGCGAACAGCCGAUAUUGCUGCUCUCAAAUAAUACGGAUCGGCGCUGCAGCAGCUGCUAUAAGCUGACCAACUCCUUUUGCGGCAAGUGUCGCCUCCUUCCCCUAUGCGGCGAAUGUGUGCACCACGAUGCAAGGGAUUGUAAGCGACUCGCCGAGCUGCAGCUGGAAGAAGAGCAAGUGGAGAAGCUCCAAGCCCAAGCAGAAGUGAACAAUGCUCUCACGUAUUUGGUGCUGAGGGAGCAUAAGGAGACCCAGCCACAAUAUGAGCAACUGCUGCAGAUGGAGUCACAUCUGGCGCUACGCCGGAACACAGAGAUCUGGCGCACAUAUCGCGAGCAGGUCGUCUUGCCUUUGCAGUCUACUGGACUCCUACAGCAAUUACGCAAUGGCGCGGAGAUUGAUGAGGAGCUGUUGCAGCAUCUGCUCGGCACUACCGACGUCAAUGGCUUUGAGAUCCGUGCUCCGGAAUCGGGUGGCACCUUGCGUGGCCUUUAUAUUCGUGCGGCACUCUUUCCUCACAGCUGCACACCCAAUCUGGUGACAGCUAUCGAUGAGGAGAGACGCAUUAAGGUCUAUGCGAAUCGCUAUAUACCGGCUGGUGAAAUACUCUACAAUUGCUAUACCAACAUUCUGCUGGGUACUGAGGAGAGGCGUCUCAUCCUCAAGCAGGGCAAAUGCUUUGAUUGCCAGUGUGCCCGUUGCCAGGAUCCCACAGAGCUGGGCACUCACAUGAGCAGCUUUGUGUGUAAGACCUGCAAGGGUGGCUAUAUAGUGAAACAGUUGGAGUCGGGCAUCUGGCAGUGUCUGCUUAAUCCAGAGCAUACUCUAAAGCCGGAGUUUGUUGCAAACGUUUUGGAGCGGGCCAAAGAAGAGGUAUUCCAUGCUCGUGAUGAUAUUUAUAGGUUGGAAUUGCUCCUGGCUAAGCUAUCACGACUGCUGCAUGGCAACCAUUAUAUUAUGUUGGAUCUGAAGCAGAAUAUUGCCUCAAUACUGAGGCAGAUUUUACAGAAUAUGGCCCAUCGGCCGAAUCGUAAGGUUUACGAGCGUAAGAUUCGCCUCUGCCAGGAGAUAUUGUUGGUGCUGAAGGUCCUUACACCGGGCAUAUCCCGUCUAAAGGCUAUAGCUCUAUAUGAACUGGCCAACACACAGGCGGAGCUCGCCCGGAAAUUGUUCAGCGAGCAGGAGCAGAGUACCCAGGAUUUGCUAGCAGAGCUGCACCAAACCGAGGUUAUGAUCCGGGAAUCUCUUCGUAUGUUGCUCUAUGAGCCAAUUUCUACGCCAGAGGGGCAAUUGGCGCACGGUAUGCUAAGGGAGCUGAAGGAGCUGCAGAAUGAUAUGAAAAUGCUUCAGCAGUCCAAUGACGAUGUGGUUCAUUAACAUAAAUUGUACAAUUUGAUUAUAUUAAAGCAAUAACUUUUCAAUGA